UUUUCAUUUAUAAUCUUGUUCUGUUCCAGGUGUUCCACCACUCUCCUCCUGAUAAUCUUCUCCAUGACUUUGCACACAAUACAUGUCAGAGACACAGGUCUGUAGUUUAGUGCCUCAUUUCUGUUUCCUUUCUUAAAUAUGGGGACUACAUUUGCUGUCUUCCAUUUCUCAGGUAGUUGCCCAGUUUCAAGGGAUGUGUUGAAGAUUGUGGUUAGGGGCACGCACAGCAUCUCUGCUCCUUCUCUUAGGACCCAUGGGGAGAUGUCCGGUCCCAUCGCCUUUGAGGUAUCAAGAUGCUUACAUGACUGUUAAGAUGGAUGUGGCUGUUAGAAGUAAGUGCUCCAUCAAGAGGGCAUUUUAGAAAAAAAAACUGGUAAACCUUAUUAAGAUCACCUGGUAAAUUAUGGAGGGUGGAGAGAGCACUGGAGUAUGGGAAGAAGCAGGGAAGACAUUCUCCUUGGUGUAUCGAGGAAGCACAGAAGUAGAUCGACACUACUCCAAACCAAUGCUGCCAUGGAUCAUCUCUGAGAUUAAAAAUCGCCAGAAGUCAGUUCAGGUUACUGUUGAAAUAAAUAGGGAAAGGAACAGGCCAAUAUUUGGUGCACUGGGUUAUGUAGCUGCACAAAUCCUUCACAGCUUAUCCUGCCAAGUUCCGUUGAUCAGAAUUCCCGUGCCAUCUUCUGCAAGUUGUAGUGAAAAACAGUGGCUUGCACAGCUUUGUACUGCACAUGACUACACUUAUUUGUCACUGUUGAUUUUGUUGCAGGUGUUGUUCGUUGGAAGAGUAAAAGUAUCUCAUUCGAAGGUACCACCAAGUUUUAUUGAUGAAGCUUUAGCAGCAUUUAAGCUGAGAGAGAAGACACGUCAGCGCCACGCAUCAGGAGAGGGUACCCGGCCACAGCCAAACAGUGCUGCAGUAACAUAUCAACAAGAAGGAAGUGGAGUCUCAGUUCCUAAUAUUGUGUUCACUAGCUUGUUGACUGACUCAGAUUCAGAGUUUCGUAGCCGUAGUAACUCCAGGGACCUAGGAAAAAUAGGUUUAACAGAUGAAGGGAAGCAAGAACAAGAAAGUAAAGAAUUGCAGAAACAUCCUAAAGUGAGAUUUUGCCUUUGGUCAAGCACUGAACAACCUCCUGAGUCUCCAACAAACACAAGUCCCAGUCUUAUCAAUACUCCACAGUCUGCUGACUUGUUUUUGCCAGUAUCUGGCAACACCUGCUUAUCACCACCUAUUGAAAUGGUAACACAUUCAAGGUCCUCAAGUAUUUCAGAAGGACAUGAUGAAAAACCUACUUCUGAAAGUUGUGGAGAAAAGACUGGAGGAGGAGAAGAGACAGAGCUGACUGUUGUUGAGCCCUUUCGGCAACGUCUAAGAACAGUCAGUGGAGACUCGAGCCAUUUGUUUCGUAGACCAUCGCACAAUCAGGACCAGGGGAUGAGAGCUCGUGCAGGCUCCAUUGGCAGCAUGACUCAGAGGAGAAGUGGACUCAAUAAGGCUGAUUAUGAUCUGAAAAUGCUAAGUCAGGACUUCAAUCGUACCAUGUUAUUCCACAUUGGCCGCAGUGAAAUCCAGUUGAUUAAUCCUGAAGUGAAGUCAGUCCAGUUGAACAAGAACUUCAAAGAUAUUGCUCACUGUUGCCAGGGAAUAAAAAAUAACGACCACUUCGGAUUUAUCUGUCGUGAGUUAAGUGGAGAUGCUCCCUGCUAUCUUGGCUAUGUCUUUAAGUGUCAGAUUUGCUCAAUAACAGAUGAAAUUAUGCAAGGUCUCAGCAAAGCCUUCGCAGCUAUUCAUGAAGCACAAAUUCGAGAACGUCAAGAAAAUCUCCUAUGUGAUCAGUGCCCAAUGAAAUGGUUCAGUCAUCUUUGUACAGAGGUUGAGGGCUUGCCAGCUGCCAAGGCACACAUCACCAUUAAGAAGCGUUUAUCAUCUCUGCCCGAGGAAGAGAAAAGUAUCUUGAUAGCCAAGUAUGAAGGAGCAGAAACAUCAGAUGUACAAGUACAAAAUAACAUUUUAAUGAUGCUGCUGAGAGCUCACUUUGAGAAUAAGCAAGCCAUGCAUUCUCACACUGCCCUUCCUGGGGGUGGAGUCAAGCCAGAUUAUGUAGGCUCUAAUUUGGAAUCUUCCCUUCGCCGGGCUAAGAAAAGCUUGACAACAUCUUUCAAUCAACUUCUAAAGAGAGAAGGCCGAGAGAGUGAGAGUGCAGAGAGAGAAAUUGCAAGUGAUGAGGUUCAGUCUUCAAGUGUCUCAGGAAGCAUAGCAGAGAAACCUCGUACAUCUCCAGUGCCUACACCAUCUAAGGUGCGAAUGGAAGGAUUAAGUGAUUCUCCUUUAGGUCAUCGACCACGAUCUUCCACAGUCAGUUCCUCAGGUGGGGAUUCUAUGAGACGAGAGUUUUUAGCCAAGCGUUCCCUUGCCAAGCAAAAGAUUACCUCAGUGACUGCAGAGGAUCACCCUAACUCGCACUUCUCUUCCAAGAGAAACAUUUUUCUGAAAGUGGGCUCCCCUACCCCUCGAAGCUCAGGUGAAGAAGAGACCUCCGUGGAUGGCAAGGUUAAUAACAAGUCCACUACCUCCUUCAGACAUGCAAUUCUCCAAAAAGUCGUCUCUCCACCAAAGAAAUCAGUUGGGAGUCGUAGCCACCAAGGUAACACAGAGAACAUAACUGUAGAAAAGAGAUCCAAGCAACAAUUAAAAAUAAUUUGGAAGAAGGCUGUUUUCCAACAGAUGCUUCUAAUGCGCUUUGAGAAAGAAAAUCAGCGUCUAAGAGCUCUUCAGCAAGAGGUGGCUCUUCAACGUGUACGGCUGAAUUAUGAAGAGGAAGAAAUACCAGUAGAAGCUACACAAGCAUGGCAUAUGCUGCUCUCCAGGCCUUUAGCCAGAAUUGACUCAAAUAUUAUUUUAAGUGGUAUUAAACAAGGUAUUCCUAAGUCAGUACGUGGUGAAGCCUGGCAGUUGAUGAUGCAACAGUACAUGGCACAGAAUCAGAAACUUGAGCCACAGAUUCCUGGUUAUAACUUGCCUUAUGAGAGUAUGAUCAAAGAGCUCACUUCACAGCACCAUGCUAUACUUAUUGACUUAGGUAGAACGUUCCCAACGCAUCCAUACUACAUGCAAACACUUGGGCCUGGCCAGCUUGCCCUUUUCAAUUUACUAAAAGCUUAUUCAUUAUUGGAUAAAGAUGUUGGGUACUGCCAAGGUCUCAGCUUUGUUGGCGGUGUUCUUCUUCUUCAUGUAAGUUUUCAUUUUGUACAGUGUUUCUUGUCACUAAGUUUUUGUAAACAAAUUAUAUCACACGUCCAUUACAUGGCAGCUGAUAAGGUUGAACUUCUGAAAAAACUUGACAGUGGUGUGUCUGUGAGGAACUUGUGCGAGUUAUACAACAUUGGCUCUUCAACAGUUUAUGACAUAAAGAAACAGAAAACAAAAUUACUGAGUUUCUUUGCUAACAGUGAUUCAAAGAAACAGAUGUUGAAGGUUGGUUACAGCGUUUCAAAGAUCGACAUGGCUUCAAGUUUCAUGCAGUGGUGUGGUGAAAAACGUUCAGCGGACACAGAGGCAGCUGCUAAAUUUGUUGAUGAGCUCGCCAAGUUAGUUUCAGAUGAAAAAUUAAGUCCUGAGCAGGUCUACAAUGCAGACGAGACAGCAUUGUACUGGAAAUGUACACCAAGAAGAACCCUGACAACUGAGGAUGCAGAAUCACCAACAGGAUAUAAAGCAUCUAAAGAUCGUGUCACUGUAUUGGCAUCCUCUAAUGCCGCAGGAACGCACAGAUGCAAGUUACUGGUCAUCGGUAAAAGUUUACGCCCCAGGACUUUCAAAGGCAUGACACAGUUUCCUGUGAUUUACCGUGCCAACAAAAAAGGAUGGAUAACAACUGAAACUACAUUGAAUUGGUUUGGAAGCCAUUUUCUUCCAGAAGCAAGAGCUCACUGUGACUCUGUUGGUUUGGACCACAACUGUAAGAUAAUGCUUAUUUUAGAUAACUGUUCCGCACAUCUGAAAGCAGAACUCCUGGUAAAGAACAAUGCUUUCAGUGUCUACCUCCCACCUAACUGCACAUCAUUAAUUCAACCCCAGGACAAUGGCAUACUACGUUCUUUUAAGUCUAGGUAUCGCACUCAUUUUCUGAGGUGCCUACUGAGUGCAGUUAACUCUGGCAGACCAGUACGUGAGUUUCUUAAGGAAUUUAAUGUGAGAGAUAUGGUUUACUGUGUUGCAAAUGCUUGGAAGUCUGUAGAGGCAUCCACACUGAAAAAUGGAUGGCAUAAAUUGUGGCCAGGGUUAAUGUUCGAGACUGCACCUGGAGAAGACAAUGAAAAUGACUUUACAGGAUUUAGGGCUUCAAAGGAAAAACAGAUUAUACAUAGUCUGCUUUCUUUUGCCAGUGAUCUGACUAAUCCUGCUGCGAAUGAUCUUGCAUCAAGGAUGGAUGAAGGUGAACUGCUAAAAGAUCUAGAGCAACGAAGUUUUAUAAGUGAACAAGAAAUAAUGAAUGUUUACAUGCUGCAGGACAAACUAAUCAAAGAAAGGCCAAAAUAUAUGAAACAACUCAGCUUGAAAGAUAUGUUCAAAAAAAUAGCUGAAAAGCAUGCAACAGAAGAGUCACCACUUGAAAAUCUAGUGCCUUCAAUAUCUGCUCAGCCUGAUGUGCUACCACUGUCAUCAGUUCCUGAUAUCUCAGUCACCUUCCAAGAUGAAGAAGAUGGCAAUCCUGACAGCCCUUCACCUCAAGACAUCUCCUCGGAGUGCUCCUCGAUGAGAUCGUUCACUUCAUCUUCAUCCACUUUCAUGCCCAUGACCUUACCAAGGGACACAAUCUCCUCCACCACUGGCGCUGUGGGUUCGAAUCCUUUGAAGUCCCUUUCGGGCACAACCUCAGGUCACAGCUUCUUCCACGCAGAGGUCAAGGUCCUCCUUUAUCUGGCCAAUUUUUGUCUGAAUUCUCUUAAUGAAAGGUCUGCUAACGAGAGGUUUUACUGUAAUGUGAUAACUCUCCCUUUGUAUAUUCUGCAGGUACAGAUGUAUCAAUUAUCACGUUUACUUCAUGACCGGCUACUGAAUUUAUAUGACCACUUUGAGAGCCAUGAAGUAACACCACAACUCUUUGCUGCUCCGUGGUUCCUCACCCUUUAUGCCUCACAGUUCCCUCUGAGCUUUGUCUGCCGAGUAUUUGAUAUGGUGUUCAAAGAGGGUAUGGAGGCAGUGUUUCGGGUAGCGCUAGUGCUUCUUAAGACGCAUGAGGAAGCGCUGAUGGCUUGUGAUUCAUUUGAACAAAUUAUGGACUACAUAAAAACUUCUAUGACCAAUCUUAAUAUCCAUGAGAUGGGAAACAUCAUUUCUCAGGCUUGUGACUGCUCAUUGCGACAGGAGCUGCAGGCAUAUGAAGUUGAAUACCAUGUUCUGCAGGAGGAGUUGGCUUUCUCACCUCAGAAUCAUACUGAUUUCCAGAAAUUGAAAGAAGCCAAUAAGAAUCUUAAAAGGCAGAAUUUAGAUCUACUGGAACAGCUUCAUCAUGCAAAUUCACAUCAACAUGCACUUGAAACUUCGAAUCAGAGUCUUCAACAGAGUCAGCAUCAUCUGGAAGUAAGAGUUCGAUGGUUGGAACUGGAGCGUGGUAAUCUGAAGCACUUAGUUAGUCUCCUAGCACAAAAUGUACCACCAGAGAAACUUUCCAGCAUUCCUCCCAACCUACAACGUUUUCUUCCCACCGAGAAUAGUAAGCAUGAGAAAAAAGAAAUGACAAUCCAGAAGCCAGAAGAUGGGGAGAAAGAAGAUAUAAAAGAAACCAGUGACAUAUCCUCCUCCCUGCCAUCCCAUAGCAAUCACCAUCACCAACAACAGCAGCAUGGGCAUGGUGGCUCUAGAGCAGUUUCCAUGGAUUAUGGUAUAAUGCAACGCUAUAUUAAGAACCUUGUUGGUAAUGAUUAAUAUCUUGUAUACUUGUUGAGUAUCUUAUCUAUCAUAGGGAUUUAAGUUGAUUACUGUUGAUAAAAAUUUCAUGCUUGAUAAAGAAGUGAGAAGUUUGUUAGAAGUUGUGAUGGUGCUUUAGUAAUUUUCUUAAAUAUGAAUUCAUGCUGAAAGUUUUUAAUUCUUUGAUGCCACGCUUAUUUUGCAUAUUACCAGAACACCACAAAUGUUGUCAUUUUUAUGACAACAUUAAUUUAUCAGUUCCAUUUUAAAUGUUAUUUCCAUUGUUCUGUAAUAUGUGUAUUGUAAAUGGAACUUAGACAAAUGUUACUUUCAUAAUCUACUUGCAGUAUACCAGAUAAAUUUUAUUCAGAGCCAUAAUAACAAUUUUUAUAUACAGUACUGUAUAUUGUAUUAUUGAGGAACUUUAUUGUUCCUGAAUAUUUAUUUUUCUAUAAUCUUGACAAUGCUACCUAUCCUGCUUAUACAAAAAAAAAAAUAGUAUUUGGUAACAAAUCCUAACCCUUUGAGGGUCCGUCCAGUAGUUCUAUGCCUUGUCCACAGUGUCCAAAAAUUUUCAAUAAAAAUUUUGUUACUUUUUCUUAUGAAAAAGGAACUUUUUCUAAUGAAAUUUGAUGAAAAUUGACAAAAUUACACUGUCGUGAAUUUUGCUGCAUCAGCGAUAUUAACACAUUGGCGAUUUUGCCCACUUUGACUCCUAUUUUAGGCCAAUUACAUUAAUCCAGUCAACCAAAUUCUUAGCUAUUUCACUAGUAUCACUUCUAUUUUAUCAACUGAGCACAAGAAACUGCCCAGUCAUCUAUUUCAACUACCCAAUAAAGUGAUCAGAAAUUGGUAAUUUGCAGGCAUUCCUAGCACUAAAAUAACAUUUCCUCUGUUUAUUAGUUACAUUUCCAGGCUUUACAGAUGAAUUCCAUUAUGAUUUUUUAUUCACAUAAGAGAUCUUUUUCCACACCAAAAAAAUAGAAGAUUUACUAUUAUGCAAUAUUGUAAUAUAAUUGUAUAAAUAACAUCAGCUCAUUUGUAAAUGUAUAUUAGACACACCAGUUGAUGUGUAUUCGACAUGCGACGUGAUUUGCUCACUCUUGAACAUCGGCAAAAAUCGAACAUUUCCCCUACUUUGAGCUCAGUUUCAAGCUAUUUUUAUUACUAAAACCAAUCUAUUUCUGUAAUAUAUCUUCCAUUCUAUCAAAUGAGACCAAGAAACCUCGAAUGCUACCAUAAAAACCAUAUGAAAAUACACCGCACAGUCACUUUUUAAUCCAAAAGUACAAUUGCAGUUUUUUUCUCAUUAUUCACUGCGUGCUGCAGGAUUUGUUUUAUAUGGUGCACAUUUACCACAUAGAUGCAUUCUCUCAUAUCUAGGCUGAAAUUUACCACUCUCGGCUUAUCUGAGUGAGCCGAGCUUAUGACGUAGUACUAUGGCUUGGAUCCUAGCUUCAAAGUCAUAGAACUACAGGAUGGACUCUCAGAGGGUUAAUAGUAGUUGCAAUCCUGUGUAAAUAGUUGUUGUUCAUUGUAGAAACCUUAAUACUGUCUUAUGGUAUUUGUUUAUAUAUCAUUUGUUGAUUAUACUAUAUAUGUAUUACAAAUGUACUGGGUGCUAAAUGUUAAGUCUAUAAAUUGUUUUGUAUAGAAAAUGUUUUUCACCUAAUGUACAGUUAAUUCGAAUAUUUAAUAUUUACAGUAAUUCCAAGCACUAAAAUAUUCUCCACUCAACCACUAUUGUGAUAUCUCAAAGUUUCAGUUUAGUGGUGAACAAAUGUUUUAAAACAAGUUUUUCUUAUUUUUAAUGUUAGUUAUUGGAUAAUUAACCAUUGGGAGUGAUGAUUGUAAUUUAUAUGAAAAUAUAUUACAGUAGAACUUAACAUAUCCAGUGUUCCAAUAACAGUCAACUUUUGAUCACUGGUCUUUUGGUUAGUUGUGAGUAAAAAAUAUUUCCGGCACUGCAUGGAAGUCUGACCUGGGGUAGUGUCAAGAGGUGGCCUGUAGUGGGGAGACACACACAUGGAAAUUUGUUGUAUGGACACACUGAGAAUACCUAUAUUAGGUAAAAGAGGAGUUAUACUCAUGAUAUCUCAUCUUUCUCUUUAGUUUGUCCCAUAAUGUAUUUAUGUAUCUACGGAGCAUAUCACUUACUACCUCCUUCUAAAUCCCAUUCAAGUAUUUGAUCAUAAUUUAUGAAAAAAACCUUAUCUAGUUCAAUACAGUAUCCUCUCAGGAUGACUUUUUCCUUUCUCGACUUGUUCUUGUAGUCCCUUGUUCACUGAUGAUGUUGCUUCCCUUUGUCAGUAGGUCCCCCUUAACCUUACAGUACUUUGUCCCAUGUGGGUUUGGCACAUUUUGUGAAUAUAGUAAAUGUGGGGUGAAAGGAAGGAAAGAUAGGGGUCAUCCCAGGGAAGGCUGGGAGAAAGAAAUAAAGGAGGUUUUGAGUGAUAGGAUCUGUCAGUGUCUGUAGGCUUAUGUGAGUACGUGAGUACAUUCUUUUAGCAAGACAGCUAUUAAAUAAAUGAUGGUGAAUGU